UCCCUCAGAGCAGAACCCCAGAUAUUCCACUCCUCCUGAGUGAACUCUAGGGCCGCUUUCCUGAAUGUUCCCCAUUCCUAAAAGCACAAACCCAUGCAUUACUGGUGAAAUUCAAGAAAUGUUUUCAAAAUAGAAAGAGAGUAGAUAAAGGUUUGAAAUCCAAGAAGGGAGCUAUAUAGCAAGCAAAUAGGCUGUGGCUGGAAGUCUAUGGUAAGAGAAGUUAAGGAAAUCAGUGUUUCAGAAGCAGAUUAUACACAUAUUUUUAAGUAAUCUAGUUGAUUUAGUUCAUGCCUAUUAUGUGAUUCCUCAGUUAUAAAAACAUGGCUAGAAACAUGGCUAGAAAUGAAUAAAAGAAUCACAAUUUACCAAUUAACUGAAAUAGUGAAUAUGAGCAUACCGCAUACCAUAUGCCUACCUCAUAAGUUAUUAAUAAAUGUUAAUUUUUACAUCCUCUUUUUUCAUUAUAGACUAAGAAAAUAUAACUUAUGGAAUUUCUUUUCCAACAUAGUAUUAAAUCUCUAUAUAGAUAGAGAGAUAAUAGUUUGCAUAAAAUUAAAGAAUUUCUUCAAGCCUCAGGUUCAUCAUUAUGUUAUAUACCAUUUUUUUUCUAGUUGUCAUUUUUUUAAUGGUUUCAUAUUUCACACUAAAUUGUUCUCUAACUUGUUUCGGUUUGGGUGUAAGACCAUUAUUUAAAAAUAUGUAAUAAGCACUAAACUUUCUUAUGCCAAAGUAUUUAGUAAAUUUUUUUAACAGCUACAGUUAAUCUAGUAGAUAUAUCACUCUUAAUUAUUCUUUUAUACUACCAAGUUUAGGGUGGGGAAAAAAAUCUCUAACAUCUUUUCUACUGAUGGGAGUCUGUAGUUAGCUACUUCUUUUAAAUCUAGCUGAGCCACCAUCCCUCACUGAAUACUUUCCUUGAUCCUGAGUUAGUGGAUAUAAAACACAGAAUGGUCCAUAAUCACAUAGAAAAUCAUCUUAAACCAGCACAAACUUUUCAAGUACACAAUAAAUCUUCCUCCUGAUAAUCAUCUUUCCAUGACUGAUUCCCAAGGUAGAUCCCUGAUUUCUCUGUAUGCAAGUCCCAAUUUUACUCCUACCCAAUCCUAAAAGCCUCAUAAAACAUGUAAUCUCAACACAUACCAACACUGGGGCCAAUCAACUGCCAAUCGUAUAUUUUCCUAGAAAAUGCAAAGAAUUUCUAAGUUUUUCCAUGAGUAAUCAAAUGGGACCAACUUCUCUUAAUCAUCUCUUCACCAUUCUUUGGAUGGUGAAAUACCUCCUCCUCAAGCGAUUUAAUUUUACUCCAUAACUCUUCUUGAAAUAAGGCUGAACUUAUAGGAGAUGCUACAUAUUAAUGGAAGAACAGGGAGACCCAUCAGGAGGACCCUGGGCUGGUUGGCAUCAUACUUCACUGGUAUGGGAGGAACUGGGGACAGCUUCUUAGAGAUCUCUGUUACACAGGACAUUUCUAAAUAAAGAAAUGUUCACAUGAUCUAAUAUAUAACUAUGUUCAAGAACUAGAGAGAAACAGAAACUUACCAAAGCCAUGGUUUAAAAUGGUUGAGAAACUUGUCAGUACUCUUCAGGGUUUCCCUCCUGGAGAAGCACAGAGACUACAGGGGUGAGAACUGGGAAAAGAAAAGUUGCUCUGACACCAGAUGUACUUCUCAGCUCCCCAAAUGAUACACAUUAAUAUGUGCUUUUUUCUUUUGUCUUCCUGCCUGUAAACAGUACCUUAUCAACAUACAUAGAAAAUAACAGGAGCCAAUGUGACGCUGCAGAACAUGUCUACACUUGAAAUGACACAAAUAUUCCCAGAGGGUCCUAGAUGGGGAGGUAAAGUUGGCCAAGACAUGGGAGCUGCAGAGCAAGUAGAAGCAAAUGCCCAGGACUCUUCCCUUUUCCAAAAGAAGAGCUCAUAAGAGAAGUUUCAUCUCUUGCAAAUAUCAAAGCCAUGCCUCAGGAUGAACUAGACUAUGCCCUUACAGGGAUCAGUGUCAUUCAAGGAUGUGACUGUGGACUUCACCCAGGAGGAGUGGCAGCAACUGGAUCCUGCUCAGAAGGCCCUCUACAGGGAUGUCAUGUUGGAAAACUAUUUUCACCUCAUCUCUGUAGGAUUUCACAUGACUAAGCCUGAUAUGAUCCACAAGUUGGAACAAGGAAAAGAACUAUGGACAACAGAGAAAAUUUUUCCAAGUCAGAGUUACCUCGAAGAAGAUUGGAAGGCUGAAGAUGUUUUAGUGAAGUUCAAAGAAUACCAAGACAGGCAUUCUAGAUCAGUUGCAUCCAUCAACCACAAAAGGCUAAUGAAGGAGAGAACUAAUAUUUUGGGGAAAACAUUUACUGUCAGCAAGAACCGUAUUAUUUCAAAAACAACACUACGUGAAUAUAAACCUGAUGGAAAGAUUUUUAAAAAUAUUUCAGAAUUAGUCAUUAGAAAUAUAAGUCCUGUAAGAGAGAAGUUUGGUGAGAGUAAUGGAUGGGAGAAAUCACUCCUUAAUACUAAACAUGAGAAAAUUCAUACUGCAGUGAAUCUCUAUAAACAAACAGAGCGGAGUCUGAGUGGUAAACAAGAGCUUAUUCAACAUCAGAAGGUUCAAACUCCAGAGCAAUCAUUUGAACAUAAUGAAUGUGAAAAACCCUUCCUUAUAAAAGGAAUGUUAUUUACACAUACUAGAGCUCACAGAGGAGAAAGACCCUUUGAAUACAAUAAAGAUGGAACAGGCUUCAUCGAAAAGUCAAAUCUCAAUGUUCACCAACAAAAUAUGGAGAAGAAGGCCCACACAUACAGCAAAUAUGGGAAGUUCCUCUGUAGGAAGUCCAUUUUUAUCAUGCAUCAGAGAUCUCAAAUAGAAGAUAAACCCUUUCAGUGUCCUUACUGUGGGAAUAGCUUUAGAAGGAAGUCAUAUCUCAUUGAACAUCAGCGAAUUCACACAGGUGAGAAACCUUAUGUUUGUAGUCAAUGUGGAAAAGCCUUCCGUCAAAAGACAGCCCUCACUCUUCACGAGAAAACACAUAUAGAGGGGAAACCCUACAUUUGUAUGGAUUGUGGGAAGUCCUUCCGCCAGAAGGCAACCCUUACUAGACAUCACAAAACACAUACAGGAGAGAAGGCCUAUGAAUGUACUCAAUGUGGAAGUGCUUUUAGAAAGAAGUCAUACCUCAUUGAUCAUCAGAGAACACACACAGGAGAGAAACCAUAUCAAUGUAAUGAAUGUGGGAAGGCAUUUAUCCAGAAGACAACCCUCACUGUACAUCAGAGAACUCACACAGGAGAGAAACCCUAUAUUUGCAAUGAAUGUGGGAAGUCCUUCUGCCAAAAGACAACCCUCACUCUCCAUCAAAGAAUUCACACAGGAGAAAAACCCUAUAUUUGUAAUGAAUGUGGGAAGUCCUUCCGCCAGAAGGCAAUCCUCACUGUUCAUCAGAGAAUACAUACAGGAGAGAAAUCCAAUGGAUGUCCUCAGUGUGGGAAAGCCUUUAGUAGGAAAUCAAACCUCAUUCGCCAUCAGAAAACUCACACAGGAGAGAAACCAUAUGAAUGUAAAGAAUGUGGAAAGUUCUUCAGUUGUAAGUCAAACCUCAUUGUCCAUCAGAAAACUCACAAGAUAGAAACCAUGGGAAUUCACUAAAAUCUGUGACUUUUUUGGUGAAAACUUUUAAAGUCAUAGUAAACCCUGUACAUGAUGUUGCUUGCAAGUGUAAUAAUAUUAAACAGUUUAAGGUACUGUACCACAUAUUUACCUACUAUUUGCUAGCCUAUAAAACACACAAAAGGAAUUACUGGACAAAUUAAAUGAUAAAAGUCAUUGAAAAUACAAGCAUAAAAUUUUUAUUAGAUUCACCAGACAUAAAUUCCUCUAUCAAAUUGCUACAAACAUUUUAAAUUGCUUAUUUUAAAUUUUAAUAUAUACCUUGUUGUGACCCAGUAAUAAACAGUAGGCUGCCUGGCAGUGGUCCAUGGACCACACUGUGAACAGAACUGCUUUAAAAGAAAGGUGGUGUGACUGUAUUUCUUAUUGCAAAUAUGGUAUAAAAUUUGUUACCUCCUCAGUAUUAACCACAGUUCUAACUUCUAACGUUAUAGUUUUUGCAUAUAAUAAACCUUUAUAUAAAGUAAAUUAUACAUGUAUUCUUUCAUAUAUGGCUUGUUUCAUCCAUCACUCUGUCUUUAAAACUCAUCAUUAGUGCAUGUGGCAGAAGCUUAUUUAUUUUCAUUCUGUAUAAAAUUCCAUUGUAUGAUUAUAUUUCAAUUUAUCCAAUCUACUGUUGAUGGACUUUUUUUAUUGUUUACAGCUUAGGGUCAUAAUAAAUAAUGCUUCUUUGAAUGUA